ACUUAAUAAAAAUUAUUCAACAAGAGAGUUAUGAAUAUAGAGAUCCAAUCACUGAAUUUAUUGAGAGUUUAUAUGUUAAAUUCGAUUUCGAAGGUGCUCAACAUAAAUUAAAGGAAUGUGAAGAAGUACUAUCUAAUGAUUUUUUCCUUGUCGCUACAAAGAUGGAAUUCAUUGAAAAUGCGAAUAUUACAUUCUUAAUUAUCCAUCAUACGAGUAUCCAUAGAUCACACAAUAUACCUGGAAGAACUUCGUCUGUCUCAUGA